CAGCUACAAGAUGGAAUUUCAACAGCAGGAUCGUCAACACUGUCAGUGAGAAUCGAGCCGACCUCAUUGAAUGUUUCGAAACCAUCAAGACAUCAUUUGACCAACCAACAGUGAGAGAGGCAUCUGGGUUCAUCCGAAUGCUGCAAGAUGAAGACUUCGUUUUUUUCUUGAGCGUUUUUCACAACAUCAUGCCCCAUGUGGACAUCCUGUACCAGCAACUCCAGCAGAAGGACAUCGAUGCAGUACUCAUCCAGCGGGCCCUCCAGAGGUUCACAAGCAGUGUGCAGGCCAUAAGGGGCUCCCCCUCACUUCAGCAGGUCCAGGGAGUACCAGCUGCCAAACGAUCAAGGACAGCGUUGGGAGAGGAAGAAAAGCAGAGGAUGGCUAAAGAGAUCUGUGACACCAUCUUGGCUCACUGCAAGGAGCGGUUUUCCUUCACCGACCACCUAGUUAGUGCCACCUUACUGCAAGGAGAUCUGUUUGGAAGGUACUGCCAUUCAUUUCCAAACGAAGCGCUGCAUGCCACUGUGAAGGCAUACCCCAUGCUGGAUCAAACAAAGCUGCACACAGAGCUCUCCCUCAUCUACGAAAACCCAGAGUUUAAGGGAUGUUGUGGUGCACUGGCAGUUUACCAGCUGCUCAUGUCCUACAACCUACAGGACACGUUCUCAGAGACUGUUGGUCUGUUGAACAUCAUUAUCACCACACCCAUGACCACCUCUGAAGCAGAGAGAUGCUUCUCAACUUUGAAGAGGAUAAAGACCUUCCUGCGCAACUCCAUGGGCCAGGAACGUCUUAACGCCCUGGCCAUGCUUUCAAUGGAACGGAAACUUGUCCUUAGCAUGCCUGACUUCAAUGAGAGAGUCAUUGACUGCUUUGCUGCAUUAAAAGAGAGACGCAGCCAAUUCCAGUACAAGUGAUUCUCUCUCUCUCUCUCUCUCUCUCUCUCUCUCUCUCUCUCUCUCUCUCUCUCUCUCUCUC